AUACUCCUCUCAGAUUUAAAGAUGAUAUCUCGUGUUAAAAACGGUUUAUUGUUGAGCAGGCUAACGUUUAUCAAUAUAAUGAUAAUAAUUAUAACUAUUUUAUUAUUUUUGUUUACGUCAAUGACUAAGUAUGCUGUGAUUUCUUUAAAAAAAAGUAAAAUCAUAUAACUGAUAAUGUUAUAUUAAACACACCUGAUCUGCUCAACAGAACACAUGUUCUAUUCUAUUCUAUUCUAUUCUAUUAUAACAUUCUUUGUAUUAUAACAACAACACCUGUUACUUAAUUAACUGUGAAGAAACUGCAUCAGUCCAAAUAAACAAAAAACAUACAAACAAAUAACACAUUUAUUUUAAGUAUUCAAAGAGUGACACCUAGCGAUGUAGUUCAUCAACAUCAUAGGAAUAAUAAUAAUUUAGUUUCUGUUGCUGCCUAGCUGUGAAUCAUGGUGCAAAAUUAGAUAUAAAUAACGCACGAAUGUGGCGAAGCUGUUUGAAUUUUGUAGCCCGGGAAAAAUGCCGCUGUCCGUUAUAAUGUAACGCGCAAGGAUUAUACCGGCGUCACAACGACUAGUUAAACUCAUGUCUGUCGCUAAUAUAAAACGUGUACAUACAUCGUUCCAGUGCAAAUUCCUGUGGUUGUGGAAGUCUGUAAAAUGAAGCCCAACGUCUGGAAUAUAAACGAGCUUUUGAACAUCCCCUCAUCUUCUGGAGGGAUUAAAACUGGUAAAGGGGCUGGAAACAAUGACUUCUCCAGACUGACUGACUCCCAGGUUCUGUUGAGCUCUCAAUUUUGGCCUGAAAGUUCACAUAGCUUUUCUCAAGAUAUGAGUGGCCAGAGCGGGGGCUCUCAGAAAAACUCACAAGAGAUGAAGAAAACAACGGUGUCUAGUAGUUACAGUUCGAAGCCUUUUUUGUUUGAUGGUAAAUUUCCAAACUUCACUGGUGGUAAAGCAGCAGGCACGUUGGACAGAUUUGUUGAGGAGAAGAGAAGCGCCACAGAAAAACAUGAAAGAGAAAAUCUCACUCGUGGAAUUCUACAGUUGCAGGAUUCUCUGGAAAGUAUCAGAGAGACAUUGUUAAAUCGCAUUGAGGGAAGUAAUGACACAUCCAGAAAAGUAUUAUUAGAGAAAAUGGAUAACUUUUCAAAAACAAUUGAGGAUUUUUUAAACAAUGUAAGAGAGGGUAUAACAUGUCAAUUUGAGACUAUGCAGAGCCAAACACAAAUUGUGAUGGAGGAUAGGGAAGCAAAGAUUAGUCUGGCUACAAAAGACUUAAACUCAAACAUCCGUAACCUGCAAGGGGAUCUGGAGCAUCUGAAAGUAGUGCAGAGCAAGGAGCAAGGAAUGCUGGGAGACAUUCUGUCGCAGCUUGGCACUUUGAUUGCUAUUCACAAUCCGACAGCAGCACCUAGCCCUGCAAGAAUGAUUGAUAGUGAAGUCCAGACAUCCCCUGGACUGUUAGAGAGGUUCUGUGUCAUGUCGGCUGAAAAACACGAAGCCCUGAUGCUGUGUCCACUUAAAACACCUAAAGCACAAAACAAAAAUACACACGUCCUGCAUGUGCAGGGGCAGCAGCAAGUCAAACAAACAGAAGUCAGGUCAAAGUUUUUCAGAACAAUCCCACUUGUUGAUGCUCAAUCCAUUUCAUCCUUGGAGGAUCCUAGAAAUGAGUAUUUAGAAAGACCUCUUGUUCAAAUAGAACCAGAAAAACCUUUGCAUGCUAUUGAAAACAUACAGAGAAUGUCCACUGAUGCUCUGCCACCACCAAAGAUCCUCAGAAGACGCCAAAAGGCUGUGAAUUACAGGGGGAAAAAGAGAGCCUUGGUUCUUCCACAAAGACAGUCAACGAGACAAAAAGGGGCUUUGAAGCUCAACAGUCAGCAGAACGAAGACCUUAAAGGUGAACAAAUAGACAUUGCACCUCCUUCUUCUGUUUGUGACAGCAUUAAAAUGACCAACAAAUCUGUUGCUGAGAAUAAUUUAAAACCUCAACCGCAAAUCACUGUAGCCCCAGUCAGUAUGUGUGAAGCUGACAGACCACUAAACCCCUUCAGUAUGUGGUCUCAAGACACAAAUAACCCUCAAAUGAUUGUGGAAUACAAGAUGACCAAGUGGGAAACAAUGGUGCCUGAACCUGUGGUCAGUGUCGCAGACGGAGAGGAUGGCCUGUGGCAGCUCUUUGAAUUAAAUAAUGACUCAGAAUAAGUUGCUAAAUAUUUGUUCACUGCAAGCAAUUCAGAUCUUAUUAGUAUGUUCAGUUACUCAUGUAUGAGCUGUGAUAGUCUGUCCUGUUUCUAACAGCUAUCUUGUAUGUUUGGGAACAAUGUGUGCUUGUGUUAUGGUUUUGAAAAUAUUUUUGUGUAACAUCAAAAUUUCUAUGUAGCAUCCUAGUUUAAUAAAAUGUAUCAACUGCUCAAA